AAAGGAAAGAACAGAACAAAACUCCCCGGGGAAGUUCGGAACGCGGCGCCGGGACCCCAACUUCGCGCGGCGGGACGCGCUCCAAGGGUGGCCCAGCAGACUCUGAGCCUGCCCUUGGCUCUCCCCCGAACUACCAGCAUACAGAGACCCAGGGACCUAGAAAUGUAGAUGGCAGCUGCUGGCUGUGAAGGACUCACACCCGACUGACCCGGUGCAGCGCCUCCCACUGCCCACCAUGAUCCUCUGCAUGCUGCUGCUGGCUGCCCUGCCUGAGCCAUCCAGUGCCGAAGUCAACCCCGCAAUAUGCCGAUACCCUUUGGGGAUGCAUGAAGGGACCAUCCGAGAUGAAGACAUUACGGCCUCCAGUCAGUGGUAUGACUCCACAGGACCCCAGUAUGCACGGUUGCAGAGGGAAGAAGGGGAUGGAGCGUGGUGCCCAGCAGGCCUGUUGCAGCCGGAAGAUGUGCAGUUCCUCCAAAUCGAUCUGCACAAGCUCUUUUUCAUCACGCUGAUCGGGACGCAGGGCCGGCAUGCCCGUGCCACAGGCAAAGAGUUCGCCCGUGCCUACCGCAUCAAUUACAGCCGCAAUGGGGAGCGCUGGAUCUCCUGGAAAGAUCGGCAGGGCAGGCAGGUGAUUCAAGGCAACAUUGAUACAUACGAUGUGGUCCUGAAAGAUCUUCGGCCCCCAAUCAUUGCCCGUUAUAUCCGGGUGAUCCCUGUAACGGAGCUGCCCAUGACUGUCUGCAUGAGGGUGGAGCUCUACGGCUGCAUCUGGUUUGAUGGUUUGGCGUCCUACAGCAUCCCUGAGGGAGGGACGAUAGCAGCCCCUGGCUCUCCCAUCAUUUACCUGAAUGACUCAACCUACGAUGGCUUCCAGGAGCGCAGGCAUUUGUAUGGAGGUCUGGGCCAGCUAACAGAUGGCGUACUGGGACUGGACGAUUUCACACAGAGUCACCAGUACCGUGUGUGGCCAGGGUAUGACUAUGUCGGCUGGAAGAAUGAGAGCUUCAGCACAGGUUCUGUCGAAAUGGAGUUUCAGUUUGACCGGCAGAGGAACUUCACCUCUAUGAAGGUGCAUUGCAACAAUAUGUUUUCCAAGGGGGUGAAGAUCUUCCAGAAGGUGGAAUGUCUGUUCAAACCACGGCUGAUUGCAGAGUGGGAGUCUGAACCUGUUGGAGUUUCCACCAUCUUGGAUGACAAAAACCCCAGUGCGAGGUUUGUGACCAUCCCCCUGAAUCAGCGGGUGGGCAAAGCCGUCCUUUGCCGUUUCUACUUCGCUGACACCUGGAUGAUGAUCAGUGAGAUUUCCUUCCAGUCUGACAUGGAGAAUGUAAAUCCUAUUGUGGUUACUGUAGCCACAAGCACAACAGAGCUGCUGGAUGCAGAGACCAACGCUACUGUGGCAGCCUGGGAAACCACUUCUUUUAUAACCAGCACCUGGAUAGGGGAGAAAGCAGAUGACUCCAGUACCUCCAUCCUGGUUGGCUGCCUUGUGGCUAUUAUCCUCCUGCUCCUGAUCAUUAUAAUCAUCAUUCUGUGGAAGCAGUAUGUCCAGAAGAGAUUGGAGAAGGCCCCACGGCGAAUCCUGGAGGAGGACGCCAUGGUUCGUCUCUCCUUCUACAGCUACACCAUCGUCAACAACCAGAACCAGAUCCACCAGUCUAAUCCCACCUACGAACGGGUCUUCCCACUGGACCUGGAAUAUCACCAGCCUGCUACACUGCUCCAGAAGCUACCAGAACUCUCCCAAAGCGCCGAGGAUUCAGCAUGCAGCGGUGACUACGCUGAGCCCGACCUCACCAAGUCCACCCCGCAUCAGGGCUUCCAGAACAACGUGCCUCACUACGCGGAGACCGACAUUGUCAGCCUGCAGGGCGUGACGGGCAAUAACAUGUACGCCGUGCCCGCCCUCACUGUCGAUUCGCUCACCAAGAAGGACAUCUCCGUGGGCGAGUUCCCACGGCAGCAGCUGCGACUCAAGGAGAAGCUGGGAGAAGGGCAGUUCGGAGAGGUACACCUGUGUGAAGCAGAUGGCCUGUUGGAAUUUUUGGGACUCUCGUCUAUGGAACUCACCAACCAACCGGUGCUAGUGGCAGUGAAAAUGCUAAGAUCCAAUGUCAACAAAACAGCCAGAAAUGAUUUCCUAAAGGAGAUCAAGAUCAUGUCCCGGCUGAAGGACCCAAAUAUCAUCCGACUGCUGGGUGUGUGUGUGCGUGAUGACCCUCUGUGCAUGAUAACAGAGUAUAUGGAGAACGGAGACCUCAACCAGUUCCUGUCACAGCGGGAGAUCUGCAGUAAAUUCUCCAUUUCGAACAACAUUCCAUGCGUCAGCUAUUCCAACCUACUGUUCAUGGCCACCCAGAUCGCCUCUGGAAUGAAGUAUUUAGCCUCCCUGAACUUCGUGCACAGAGACCUGGCCACCCGCAACUGCCUGGUUGGGAACAGCUACACCAUCAAGAUUGCAGAUUUUGGAAUGAGCAGGAAUCUGUACAGCGGGGAUUAUUACCGUAUCCAGGGCAGAGCUGUGCUGCCUAUACGCUGGAUGGCCUGGGAAAGUAUCCUCCUGGGCAAGUUCACCACAGCCAGCGAUGUCUGGGCCUUUGGGGUGACGCUCUGGGAGAUGUUCACACUGUGCAAGGAGCAGCCCUACAGCCUCCUCUCGGACGAGCAGGUCAUCGAGAACACGGGGGAGUUCUUCCGGAGCCAGGGCAGGCAGAUCUAUCUGUCCCAAACACCGCUGUGUCCAAACUCUGUGUUUGACCUGAUGUUAAAGUGUUGGAGCCGAGAUAUAAAGGAUCGUCCCACUUUUGAUAUGAUUCACCACUUUCUGGUAGAACAAAUGGACUGUAACAUUUGA